CCCCUCCAAAUUAUUGGAUUCAGGUGUUCCAAUCACCUGCCACAUCAUUUGAUUCAGAUGUUCCAAUCACCUCCAUGGCCACAGGUGAAUAAAAGCAAGCACUUAGGCAUGCACACUGCUUCUACAAACAUUUGUGAAAGAAUGGGUCGCUCUCAGGAGCUCAGUGAAUUCAAGUGUGGUACUGUGAUAGGUUGCCACCUGUGCAAUAAGUCCAUCCGUGACAUUUCCUGCCUACUAAAUAUUCCACAGUCAACUGUUAGUGGUAUUAUAACAAAGUGGAAGUAACUGGGAACAACAGCAACUCAGCCA